CGGGCAAACCCCGGCCGCGCAGGGCGCCGCGCGCAGUCCAGCCCACCCUGCCCUGCCCCGCGCUGGCGGCGCGAUGUGAGGCGCCCGAGGGCCCGAGCGUUCCCCUGGCACGCCAGCUCCGCGCAGCGCCGGCGCCAGCGGCGCUAGGAACGUUUUGUGCUGGCUGAAGGCGAGGACAGCCACUCAACUCACUUCAGCGUCACUCACCGUCACCCAGCCUAGUGCCCAGCCCACACCUCCCGCAGAGGCCGGGCUCAGGACGAGAUGGCAGCCAAGCAGCCCCCGCCCCUCAUGAAGAAGCACAGCCAGACUGACCUUGUGAGCCGCCUGAAGACCCGCAAGAUCCUCGGCGUGGGCGGGGAGGACGACGACGGGGAGGUCCACCGCUCCAAGAUCAGCCAGGUCCUGGGCAAUGAAAUCAAGUUUGCGGUUCGGGAGCCUUUGGGGCUCAGGGUCUGGCAGUUUGUUUCUGCUGUGCUCUUCUCCAGUAUUGCCAUCAUGGCCCUCGCCUUUCCUGACCGGCUCUACCAUGCAGUCUUUGAUGCAGCCCAUGUGACCAGCAAGACCCCCAUCCGCCUCUAUGGAGGCGCCCUGCUCAGCAUCUCCCUGAUCAUGUGGAACGCUUUCUACACGGCUGAGAAGGUCAUCAUCCGGUGGACUCUGCUCACCGAAGCCUGCUACUUCGGGGUCCAGUUUUUGGUGGUCACUGCCACGCUACCCGAGACGGGCCUCGUGUCCCUGGGGAUCCUGCUGCUCCUGGCCAGCCCCCUCGUUUUUGUCGCCAUCAGCGUUUACUACUAUUACCAAGUCGGCCGAAAACCCAAGAAAGUGUAGCCUCCGGCGGGGCCAGGGGUGCCUCUGGGGCAGGGAGGCCUGGAGGCCUCGGUUUCCCGUUGGUUCCGGGAGGCAGGAAGGGCCUGGCAGGUGGGGGUGGCCACCUUGCUCUCCUCCUGGGCACCCCCCGAAUGCUGUGAUCACCCGGGCCCUCAGGUCUGGGGAGGGCUGGGGCCUCUGCACCCCGCCCUCCCCCCCCCAAGUCCUGCCUCCUUUUCUUGGGUCUCUGGGCCUCUGGAUCCCCCGGGCAGACACCCACGGAAGAGCCUAAGUCACGGGGCAGGAUACCCUUCUUUCUAGAAGAGGCAGUGGACUGCCACCUGCCGCCCCCCCCCCCGCCCCCCCGCCCCCGCCAAUCUAAUGCCCAAGCAGCUGAAUGUGGCUUCUGUCCAUUGCUGGAAAACCUGAGAACUUGACCCCAGGCUCCUACCCUUCAGUGCGGGCCCUCUCCACAUGGAGGGGCCCCUCUGCCCCCUAAACAGCCCAACUGCAGGCUGGCAGGCAGGCUGACCGUCUUAGAGCUGGCAUGUCCCUUUCAGCCUUCUGUGAAGUGGGCUGCAGGCAGCCAGAGCCCUGUCCCCAGCCACAGGCCUGGCCGCCACAGGCUCUUCUAGGACCUAGCUCUUGGCUGCUCUGUCUCCAGUUCCUGGGAGCUCCUGGGCGCCCCCUGCCCCUACCUGGCCUGGGUCCAAGGCUGCCGCAGGCCUCAGCCACAGGCCGGCCGUGACAGGUGGAUGCCCAGGUAACCCCCGAUGGAGGCCACCUGUAUGGGUUGGCAUUUGGGGAAGAGGAAGAAAGAAAAGCACUUCCUUGUCCCUUGGCACGUCCUCCAGGGUCCCCUCAUCCGCCCUGGCCCCAUCCCCAGGGUGCUGCUCUCUGGUCCUCCUCUGAGUGGCCUCUGAGGCCUGGCCAGGCAGCACUGGGUGCCCUUCAAGCUUGGCAGGGGGAAAAAAUAGAAAUAUUUCAGCACGGCGUUCCGCAGUGGCUGGGUGGUUAAGGAUUCCGCGUUGUCACUGCUAUGACUUGGAUGGAGUCUUUGGCCCAGGAACUUCUGGUGGUGGCGGUGGUGUGGCCAAAAAAAAUUCCAGCAGGCCACCUCCUCUCAGGCCCAGCCUGCAUCAGAUGCCCUGGAGGAGGCGGAGCGCUGGUUCCCUCAGAGCCCAAGCCCCCUGCGGGCCCAGCCUGUGUGUCCCCCAGGUGUCCUUUACCCGCGUUCCCUCGGGCACACCAGGGAUGGUGGCCCCGAAGUCCUGGGGACAGAUGUGGAGAGAAGCAGCAGCCCAGGCCCCCGCCCUGCUUCCCAUCUUGGAGAGUGUUUGGGGGUGGGGUGGAGGGUCCAGAGGCGCAGCCCAGCAUGGCUGCUGCCACGUGGGCUUCUGCUGGGAACCCUGCCCUGCCCUGUGUCCAGCUGCCCCUGCGGCCACACACCCAGUGACAUGGCCUCUGCCCAGCAGAUGGUGGCACCACCGCUAACAGUGGAGGAGAGAGGGCCAGGGGGUUGUGUGCCCCAGGCUGUGCUGUUGGAAGCGGGGUGGGGGGGGGGGAAGCAGAAGGGAGCCUGGACCCUUGGGGAGGGCGCUCACUUUCCUGGCCUCCAUCUCGUGCCGCUGAAGCCUGUGUCUCCCCGCAGAAUCCUGCCCCUGCUGCCAAGCCUUUGGGCAGUGGUAGCAGGGGCUGGUGGGUAGUGUCCCCAGGCCAAGGCCAUGUCCCCUCAGCAGACCCAGACUUUCUGAGGCCUGGCUAAUGCGAUGACAUGUGGUGGAUGGUCCGUUCUGAUAACCGCUGGGCGUGAUGGAUAGAUUCCCCUCACCAGGGCAGGAAGAGAGCAGGAGCUUUGCACUGGGCAUCUUCUGGGGCUGAGCCAGCCAAGCUGGGGGGCAGGGGGGCCCUAUCACAGCCUCACCCCACAGGGUGGUGAUGAGGGCCCAUGGGGACAGCGCUGUCCAGGCUCUGGCACAAAGCAGCAUAGUGAGGCCUGGAGGGAGGGGGCCUGGCAGGCAGACUCAGCCUGGGGAGGUGGGGGCACACGGAGGCAGAGUGGUGGCCUGGGAGAAGGCAGAGACAAAGGGACAACCUGACCCACAGCCAGUGACGGAGGCCCGGUGAGGGCUCAGCCGCCCCUCCCCACGGUUCGGGAAGGCCCAGAAUGCCUGUUCCCAGGCUCGCACUUGCCAGGCUCCUGCCCCAGCCCCACCCCCACAUCAAGACCACCUCUCCUCACGAUCACUAUUUAUUCUUUGUUCCUUUUUCUUUUUGUAAGAAACAGUCACAAAAACCAGUGCAAAACCAUCA